ACACGCCUUUUAUUUGUGGAUUUUAGCUCCACAUUUAGCACGAUACAGCCACAUCUCUUAAUUAAGAGGUUGAUGGACCUUAAUGUACAUCCUCUCAUUAUUAGAUGGUAUCAUUCCUUUCCAACUGAUCGUGCUCAAAAGGUCAGUGUUAAUGGCACUCUGUCAGAAUCCAGAACUUUGAGUACUGCAGCUCCUCAGGGUUGCGUUAGCUCACCUGUCCUUUUUACAGUGUACACAAACAACUGUAAAACUGCCUACCUGAAUAAUUACAUCAUAAAAUUCUCAGAUGACACCGCUAUCUUACCCUAUUAAAGAAAAACAGUGAUUUAGUGAGCUACUAUUUAGAGAUACAAAGGUUUGUAAAAUGAUGACAACCACCUUGUCCUAAAUGUUAAAAAGACAUAGGAGAUGGUACUUGAUCCUUGGCAAAUUGGUGACCACAGGCCCAUGGUCAUUCAUGACGCAACCAUCUCCCAGGUCUCCUCAUUUAAAUAUCUGGGCAUCUGUAUUGACAACUCACUAACGUGGACAUGUGAACAGCCUCUGUAAUAGACUACAGCAAAGGCUGCACUUUCUUCGCCGUCUCAGGGUUCAUGGUGUUGACCAAAAAUUUAUGAUCAUUUUAUCAAGCAGUCUUGGAAAGCCUUGUCAGAUUUGGCAUCACAGUUUGGUUUGGUAAUUGGCCCAACUGAUGCAAACUGCAGGGAAGAUCAUAGGAGUAAGACAGCUCCCCUCUCUGCAGUCCAUCUAUGGGGUGGAGCAGGGGUGGAAGCCCAAGCCAAAUGUCCCUUGUGGACAAUAAAGUUUACCUUGCCUUGACCUUGAACUGCCAGCCCCUGCACGUGUGUUAUUAUUUACAUAACUUUUUGAAAUCAGCUUUAACAAAAGCAUUUCAAAUAUAUGUGUAAUUCAAAAUGCUUUAAAACAGUAGCUAUAAUGUAAAUACCAGUAAAUGUAUUUCAUUGAUGAAGUUACUUUUUCUUUCUUCCUUUUUAAACCGCUGUCUCUUCUUCCUUCCUUAUUGGCUGACCUAGGACACAGGAACAAAGCUCUGCUCUCCGAUUGGCUGAUCUCGAGAGCAGUUAUGAACGGUGGCUGACUGAUGAGUUUGUUCCACGGCUGUAUGAAGAUGACAGAUAGCCUACAGUACAUAGUACUAGUUUAGUUAACAGUCGAUACAUAGUAUAGCUUGCUACACUUGCAGUAGUACUAGUAGCAUAUGCUAUCAUUAGCCGUCUGUCACCAGCCUAACAUUAUUUGUGCAGCUAUACUCAGCUGUUCUUAAGUGACUGGAUGUUGUGUUGGCUUGAGGAGUGUGUUUUGGUGGGAUCCUCCUCCUCCUCCUCUACACCGUCCUCCAGCUGCUCCUGAAAUACUGACACGGUGUGCGCCUCUAGUAUCCCACGAACCGGGCCGAGCGGGAGUCCAGGCCUGGCAGGGCGGCCCCUGAUGAGCAGCGGCCGGGUGCAGCUCUCCUUUGCUCCUGCAGGAGGCAGUGCAGCGGGGUUACUGUCCAUGGUGCUGAAAAUUCGGCUGUCUCUGUCCGGGGUGCUGAACAGCUCAGGGCUGCUGGGCUCAGUCUGAGACGGCUGUCGCACUCAGACAGUCCCGUUCGUUGUGUUCUGCUGGGUUCUGCUUGUUGGAGUCACUGUAGUGCAGUACAGUGAACGUCUCUCUGCCAGUCCGGAGAUGUCGAAGCGGAGGGGGAGGGUAGGGCAGUAGUCUGAGCGUAAGCUCACAGUGAAGGAGUUGGUUCUUUGUGUGUUUCAUUCAACAGAAAAUGACUUCAAAGGUCAGACACUGAGCCCAGGGGGACCAGGGGACAGCCAAUCAAUUAGAGAGAAGGAGCCUCAGCAUCAAAAUGAGCCAAGACACUACAGAGACACGAACACGUACCCGCUCCAAAGGCACCCGGGUGUCGUCAGAACUUGUGGGACAAGAGAUGAAGCAGGAGUUAAGUAGCAGCUGUCCCACCCCUGGAUGUGAUGGCAAAGGCCAUGUCAGUGGAAGAUAUUCAAGACAUAGGAGCAUACUUGGAUGUCCGAUAGUGAAGAAAAGGAAGCUAGAGAAGGCUGAGGCUGAGGAAAACCAGUCUGCUCCCAAGAGGAGGAACCAGCCUGCCAAACAAGCAGCAGAUGAGAGCUUCACUGCAGACAGUGAUACAGCAGAAGAGGAAGAGACGCAGAAGGAGGAGGAGGAGGAAGAAGAAGACCUUAAAGAGAAGAAGAAAAACAAUACAAAAAACAGACCAGAGUCAACAAAAAUAGACUGCUCACUGGUGACAACGGAAGACACAGAACCAGUCGUUUGUCCUCCGGCAGAAGUUGGCGACAACGAAAGCUUUACCUCAGAGACUGAGAUCGAAAGUGAGAAAACUUGUGAGGACUUGAAGGCAGUAACAGUCAUUGAUGAUCAUCAGCAGGAGGAAACAGAGACAAAGGGGGAGGGGGGGGGGGGAGGGGGAGGUCAGCUGGUGACAAAGGACCAGUCAUCAGAGCAACCUGAAGAAGAACUUACUGAGCUUAAAGAGACUAAAGAAGAAGAGGAUGAUGAAGCAGAAGACAAAAAGGAACAGAAAGAGCAGCAAGUAAGGCAAGAGUUUCUUCGAGAGGAGAAGGCCAUAGAAAGACAUGCGAUAAGCCAGGAAAACUCUGAUCACCAGUACUCCAGUGGAGAUUACAAACAUCAGGCCAAAGAAUCAACAGAAAGGCAGAGUGAGAGGGAGGAACGGGAGGAGGAGGAAGAGGAGGAGGAGGAGGAGGAGGAGGAGGAGGAGGAGGAGGAGGAGGAGGAGGAAGAGGAAGAGGAGAGGGAAGUCCACCAAGUGGUUGACACUCCUUACACUUUGAGUCCACACACUCAGGGAUCUGAGGCUGAGAUGUUACUCAGGGAAGAAAAGGUCAGCAUCCCUAUGACUGAGGAAGAGGAGGAUGAUGAAGAUGAGAGAGAGGAAGAGGAGAAUGAGAGGCAGGGGAAGGAAGUAUGCGAGGUGGUGGAGGAGGAAGAGGACCCAGACUCCAGCAAAGCCUCUCCAACUACAGUGGUUAUAGAAGUCCGCUCAGAGGAGGAGGAGGAGGAAGAGGAGGAAGAGGAAGAGGAAGAGGAAGAGGAAGAGGAAGAGGAGGAGGAGGAGGAGGAAGAGGAGGAGGAAGAAGAGGAGCAGGAUCAUGUCUCAGAGGGCUCAGGGAUCACAGAUGACUCAGAGAACUGGGAUAUGACUCGGGGGAACCUCGGGCUGCUGGAGCAGGCCAUCGCCCUGAAGGCAGAGGAGGUGAAGGGAGGACAGGAGGCCCGGAGCUCCCCAGACUACCAACCAUACAGCACCUCAAGCAAGAGCUCUGAGCCUGCUGCUAUGGCCCGCCGCACUUCUCACUACAGCAAAGAGAAGAAGGAGGUGAAGUGUCCAACCCCAGGGUGUGAUGGGACAGGUCAUGUGACUGGGCUGUACCCUCACCAUCGCAGUCUAUCUGGAUGUCCUCACAAAGACCGAAUCCCUCCAGAGAUCCUGGCCAUGCAUGAGAACGUCCUGAAGUGUCCGACUCCUGGUUGCACAGGCCAAGGCCAUGUCAACAGUAACCGCAACACACACCGCAGUCUGUCCGGCUGCCCCAUUGCAGCAGCAACUAAGCUGAAUAAGAGCCAGGACAAGCAGGUUCAUUUACAGGCUUCACCCAGCGAACCCUCUUCUAACUCUGACAGAGUGCUCAGGCCCAUGUGUUUUGUGAAACAACUGGAGAUCCCUCAGUAUGGCAGCUACCGGCCCAACACAGUGACCACCACACCUCGAGCCAACCUGGCCAAGGAGCUGGAGAAAUACUCCAAGGUGUCUUUUGACUAUGCAAGCUUUGAUGUCCAGGUGUUUGGAAAGCGUAUGCUUAUUCCAAAGACACCCAGCAGCGCUGAAACAUCACCCAAAGCCUUCAAAUCUAAAUCAUUCCCUAAGGCCUCCUCCCCCAGCCACAGUGUGUCAGGAGGCUUUUCUAAGAGCGCCUCCUCCUCCAGCAGUUAUGACUAUAGUCAAGAUGCAGAGGCAGCCCACAUGGCAGCAACAGCCAUCCUCAACCUGUCCACCCGCUGCUGGGAGAGACCAGAGACCAUCAGCACCAAGCCCAGGGAACCCUGCACCAAGGAGUCGGACAUUGAAGUGGAUGAGAACGGUACAUUGGACCUUAGCAUGAAGAAGACCAAGAGGGAGGGUGUGCAGCCUCCAGAGCCUUCAUCCUCCUCAUCUUCAUCCUCUCAACACAUUGGAGCCACCUUGUCUCAAGGCCACACUCAGCCAGAGUGGGAUGGGCCACUGGACUUCACCAAACCAAGUGGAGUCAAACAGGAAGACCAUGAAGAGGUUGAAUAUACAGCUCCCUCAUACACAUCAUCAUCUGAUGGUGAGGAAGAGAACCAGGAAAACCUGGAGGAAAGGAAGUACCCCGGUGAGGUCACCACCAGCAGCUUCAAGGUCAAGUUUCAGCCCAAAGACAGCAAAAAAGAGGUUCUUGUAUGUCCCACUCCAGGCUGUGAUGGCAGUGGACACAUCACUGGCAACUACGCUUCACAUCGAAGUCUGUCAGGCUGUCCUCUUGCUGAUAAAUCACUUCGGACCCUCAUGGCUGCCCACACAGCUGAACUAAAGUGUCCCACUCCAGGUUGUGAUGGAUCAGGCCACAUCACAGGAAACUACGCUUCACAUAGAAGUCUGUCUGGAUGCCCACGAGCCAAGAAAGGCGGGAUCAAAUCAACCCCCACCAAGGAUGACAAGGAAGACUCUGAGCUGUUGAGGUGUCCAGUUCCUGGCUGCGACAGUCUGGGCCACAUCAGUGGGAAAUACGCCACCCACCGCAGUGCCUAUGGCUGUCCGCUGGCAGCACGCCGGCAGAAGGAAGGUCUUCUCAAUGGCACUCCCUUCUCCUGGAAGGCCUUCAAGACUGAGGGUCCGACUUGCCCGACGCCAGGCUGCGACGGUUCUGGCCACGCUAAUGGCAGCUUCCUGACACACCGCAGUCUGUCAGGCUGCCCCAGAGCGUUGGCCAACAAGAAGAGAGCCAAAUUUCCUGGAGAUGAGUAUAUCACUGCAAAGUUUAGAGCCAGUGAUGUGCUGGACAACGAUGAGGACAUCAAGCAGCUCAACAAGGAGAUCAACGAGCUGAGCGAGUCCAACUCAGAGAUGGAGGCUGACAUGAUGAACCUGCACACACAGAUCUCUUCCAUGGAGAAGAACCUGAAGAGCAUGGAGGAGGAGAACAAACAUAUCGAGGAGAGGAACGAGGCCUUGUUCCUGGAGCUAUCUGGUCUGAGUCAGGCCCUGAUCCGCAGCCUGGCCAACAUCCGCUUGCCAGCCAUGCAGGAGCCGCUGUCAGAGCAGAACUUUGACAGCUAUGUGGAAACCCUGACCCACAUGUUUACCAAUAAAGACUGCUACCAGAACCCUGAGAAUCGGGCUCUACUUGAGUCCAUCAACCAGGCAGUGAAGGGCAUCGAGGUGUGACGGAACUUGAGGAGGACAGGGGGCGCGGCAUCACAGUGACAACACCACUCUUUCUUUCCAAACCCUUUAGAUACUGUAUGUAAUUCUUCCUCUCAUUUGGAACUGUCAUCUGUUCUCUGCAUUAGUUUGCUGUUUGCAUGUUGCUUUUUGAUGGUAUGAGCGUGAACUGAUAAGGGUGUGGACGUAAAGUGUGUGCUAACACACUGGAAUUAAACUGUUACUGUGAGCAAAGGCAUCUCCAGGUAUACACGGAGGCAGGCACAGAGUGCAGUAUACAGCCUGAGCUGAGCAGAUUCUCUUAGUUAGUGAACAUAUCCCAUCUCCACAAAAUGAUGUUGAUAGUAUUCUAUAUGAGCGUAGUGAUGUUGCACCUCCAGGACUAGUUUGUAGAUUCAUUCUUACUAUUGCUGUAUAACUAUAAGUCCUUUGCAAAUGUUGGUUUAAUAAAUUAUUCAUUCAUGUCUUCUGUAUUAUUUUUUUAUGUUGGCCUGUUUAUUAUUCAUUAUCUAUUUAUUAACUUUUUUUUUUUUUUUUUUUUUUUAAUUUCAAAAUGCUACCUGAGAAGAUUUUAAAGGGUAACCAAGAUAAGGGAAUAAUUUCCUCUGCAUUGUUGAACAAAGAGGAAAUAUUUUAAGAUAUCAACUAUGAAUUGUUUUAUAUAUCUUAUUAUUUAUUUAAAAUACUGGAAUCUUUUUAAGUGCAAAUAUUUUGUAACUGAAAGUUUUUUAAUAAUUUUCUAAAGAUUUUUUUGUUUUGUUGCUUCUGUUUAUAUGAUUUUCCUUUUUAUUUUCACAAACUAUUUUGAGUACAUUGCAAUAUACUGGGAAUAUUGAACUGCACAUAUUUGGUAUUUACUUGGUGAUGAAGAACAAAGUGAUGGUGAAUAUUUAUUUUGGAUUGUCUAUGUGUUAACAAUGGCUGUGUAUGGAUUAGUCUUUGAGUUGCUCUUGAAAUAAAGGUUAACCCACAGUAAAGGUG